GCAGGGCAGGGCCUGGCUGAGGCCGAGGGCUGCACUUCUGCUGCAGCGCUAUAGAUAGCUGGCCCUGCCCAGCCUCGUGUUAUCAGCCCCGCAUGUCAUCGGAGGGUAUUUUUGGGGACAGCAGCUGCAGGCAUUUGUAACAUUUGGUCCCUGCAUGUUGACACCCUGGAGCUGUUCAAGCAGAGGUAGCGGGGCAGGGUGACGGGAGUGGGGCAGACAAGGCAGUGGAGCAAGGUGUGUGUGCCGGGAGGAGGUGCCAGGGCACAGCUGAGCUGGCGUGCAGGUGUGGGCGCAGCGACAGGGACGAGGAGCAGAGCUGGACGGACGGAUGGAGUGUGUGACAAACGGAGCAGCAGAGUCGCACGGACAGACGGACGGGAAAGAGGCUCUCUGAGCGGGGAGGACUUGCGGGCUCGUGGGUAGAGCCUACCUGAGGCAAAGGAGGGUCCAGCCCCACUGGCCUGGUUCUAACACUCUGUGCCUGGCACCGUGACUGCCACUGUGUCUGGGACCAGCUGUUGUCCUGGCUGAACCCCUGGUGCGGGGCCCUGCAGCGCCCCAGCUAAGUCCGGAGAUGGACUUGUUCGGAGGGGCCCCCCGGUUCCUUGCCUACCCCCGCACUUUCACAGUGCAGAGUGGUGCUGAUGCCAUCCUGAAGUGCCAGAUCGCGGGUGACCCACACCCCAGCGUCAUCUGGGAGAAGGACAAAUCCCCGAUCGCGCUGCUGGGCCGCUUCCAGGUUGAGGCUGAGGGGAACGUGUACAGCCUGUCGAUUUCCCAGGUGACCCCAGCGGACAGCGGGCAGUAUGUCUGCAAGGCCAAGAAUGCCAUUGGGGAGACCUACGCUGCUGCCACACUCAAGGUGGACGCAGGGGAACUGCAGCAGGAGGGAGACCCUGAGGAUGUGCCCCCCGUCUUUCUGAGCAAGCCUCUGUCCUGGCAGGUCUGCAGGGGGGAGGAUGUGAUGUUAACCUGCAGGGUCUCGGGGCAGCCUUGCCCUGUGCUGCAGUGGAAGAAGGAUGGCCGCCAGUUGUCGGAUCUCUUUGAGAGCAGCCAUUUCUCUGUGGGGAAGGAGCCGGAAGACUGGCAUUUCCUGAAGAUCUUUAGCGCCCGGCCCCCGGAUGGAGGGGUCUAUGUGUGCAGGGCGUGGAACCGCUCCGGGGAGGCCCUGGCAGCAGCUGUGCUCCUGGUCGACCCCAUGGCUCGUGGGCUGCCAGACUGCUCGCCCCUGAGCCAUUUCAGUAAGCAGCCGGAUCAGCAAGGUGACAGGAGACUCUGCCACGGGCAGCGCACCACACCCUGGCCAGCCCGGCACAAUGGGGAGGUGGCGCCCGGCGCACCCAAAGCCAAGGUGUUUGCUGUGAGCGAGGGGAAGCACGCCAAGUUCCGCUGCUACGUGACGGGCAAGCCAAAGCCCGAGAUUGUGUGGAAGAAGGAUGGGAAGGUUGUUGUGCCAGACAGGAGGCACCUGGUCUAUGAGGACAGGGAAGGCUACUUCAUCCUGAAAGUGCUGUACUGCAAGGCCCCAGACCAGGGGCUGUAUGUCUGCACCGCCUCCAACACGGCUGGCCAGACCCUCAGUGCUGUGCAGCUCCAAGUGAGAGAGCCACAGGUGCGGUUCCAGUUGCAGCUGGAGGAUGUGGAGGUGCAGGAAUGUGAGGAUGCCGUGCUGGAGUGCAAGGUGCCCUUGGAGACCAUCCCCACCGCCUGGUACCUGGAGGACAAGCAGCUGCAGCCAAGCCACAAGUACGUGAUUGAGGAGCAGGGCCUGGUGCGACGCCUGACCAUCCGCGAUGCCCGCGCUGACGACGACGGCAUCUACCUCUGUGAGAUGAAGGACAAAGGGUGCAGCAUUGCUGAGGUCUCUGUCAGAGGGGCAAUCGUGAAGCGGCUCCCGCGGAAGCUGGACGUCAUGGAGGGGGAGAAUGCUGCCUUUUGUGUGGAGACCCGGGACGCCAUGGAGGGAAUCUGCUGGAGCCGGAAUGGGCUGGAGCUGCGGGAGACUCCAUGCACUGUGCUGAAGAGCUUCGGCAAAACCCACCUGCUGGUCCUGGUACAUGUGACGCGGGAGGACGCUGGGGUCAUCUCCUUCAGCGUGGGGGAGUCGCAGACGUCAGCCCAACUUCGCAUCAAAUGUGCAAAGCGUGUUCCCCCGAGCGCGCCUGUGGCUGCCGAGAUGAGCACGGACCGCAGCAACGCUGCCCUCCUGACGUGGUGCCCAGGGCCUGAUGUGCACAGGACCCCCCACAGCAGCUAUGUCCUGGAGCGGCAGGAGGCCAGCACGGCCGAGUGGGUGCAGUGCCUUACCACGGACCUGGCCAGCAUGGUGGAGGUGUUCGGGGAUAGCGUGCCUGCCGAGGCAGACUACUGCUUCCGCAUCUGUGCCGUCAACAAGUAUGGGCGGAGCAGGCCCGUGGAAUUCCCUGGCUCUGUGCAUCUUGUCCCUGUAGCCUGCGUGCGGAGAGCCCUGAAGGACGUGCAGGUGCAGGCGGGCCAGGAAGCCCAGUUCUCCCUGGAGCUCUCAGCCUCCGUGGCGGGGAGCUGGUUCCUGAACGGGGCGAAGCUGAAGGAGGAAGAGGAAGGCCAGCGCUACUGCAUAAAGCGCAGCGGGAUGGAGCACUCCCUGGUGCUCCGCAAUGUGCGGCUGGCGGAGAGUGGGGCCGAGGUCAAGUUUGUGUCCAGUGGUGUGCAGGACUCUGCCACUCUACAGGUGCAAGCCCCACAGGUGCGCAUCGCCCCGGUGCCCGAGGCCCAGCGCCUCCGGGAGCUCCUGGCAGGGCUGCCGUUGCUCCUGGAGUGCGAGGUCUCCACGCCCAAUGCCGCUGUGCGCUGGCUUAAGGACGGGGAGGCUGUGCCCUCGGACGACGUCAUCGCCCUGCAGGCAGAGGGCUGCGCCAGGAGGCUGUUUAUCCGCUCUGCCCACCCCUCAGACUCCGGGACGUACACGUGUGACACGGGCGAGGAUGCACUGAGCUUCACCGUGACUGUGACCGUCAGCGAGCCGCCCGUGAGGAUCGUCAGCUCUAACGAGGAUGCCGCACACACCUACCUGGCCUCGGAGCGUGUGGUGCUGGCGUGCGAGCUGUCCCGUGCUGAUGCCCCAGUGCAGUGGUACAAGGACAGGGUGGAGGUGGAGGAGGGCGAGCACCUGCUCUUGGAGCGUGAGGGGCCCCAUCGCAGGCUCGUCAUCCCCUCAGCCCGUCCGCAGGACACGGGGGAGUUUGUGUGUGAUGCGGGCGGUGACUCCAUCUUCUACAACAUCACAGUGACAGAGCCGCCCAUGAGGAUCAUCAGCUCUAACGAGGAUGCUGCACACACCUACCUGGCCUCGGAGCGCGUGGUGCUGGCGUGCGAGCUGUCCCGUGCCGACGCCCUGGUGCAGUGGUACAAGGACGGGGUGGAGGUGGAGGAGGACGAGCACCUGCUCCUGGAGCGCGAGGGGCCCCAUCGCAGGCUCGUCAUCCCCUCGGCCCGUCCACAGGACACAGGGGAGUUUGUGUGUGACGUGGGCAGCGACUCCGUCUUCUACAACAUCACGGUGACAGCCCCACAGGUGCGCACCGCCCCGGUGCCCGAGGCCCAGCGCCUCCGGGAGCUCCUGGCAGGGCUGCCGCUGCUCCUGGAGUGCGAGGUCUCCACGCCCAAUGCCGCUGUGCGCUGGCUUAAGGACGGGGAGGCUGUGCCCUCGGACGACGUCGUCACCCUGCAGGCAGAGGGCUGCGCCAGGAGGCUGUUUAUCCGCUCUGCCCAUCCCUCAGACUCCGGGACGUACACGUGUGACGCGGGUGAGGAUGCGCUGAGCUUCACCGUGACCGUGAGCGAGCCGCCUGUGAGGAUCAUCAGCUCUAACGAGGAUGCUGCACACACCUACCUGGCCUCAGAGCGCGUGGUGCUGGCGUGCGAGCUAUCCCAUGCCGACGCCCCGGUGCAGUGGUACAAGGACGGGGUGGAGGUGGAGGAGGACGAGCACCUGCUCCUGGAGCGCGAGGGGCCCCAUCGCAGGCUCGUCAUCCCCUUGGCCCAUCCGCAGGACACGGGGGAGUUUGUGUGUGACGUGGGCAGCGACUCCAUCUUCUACAACAUCACAGUGACAGAGCCCCCAGUGAGGAUCCUGUGCCCCCAGGAGCGCUCCCUGGAGUUGCGGGCUCUGGCGCUGCAGCGCCUGGAGCUGAGGUGUGAGCUGUCUAGAGCAGACGCCCAGGUGUGCUGGUUCAAGGACGGGCUGGAGGUGGAUGAGACAGAGAACUUGCUGCUGCAGGCAGAGGGGCCCCAGCGCUGGCUGAUUGUCCUGCAGGCCCAGGCUGAGGAUGCCGGCGAGUACAUCUGUGAGACAAAGGACGAGUCCGUCUCCUUUGACAUCAGGGUGUCAGAGCCCCCGGUGAAGAUCCUGCAACCGUGGCGAGCUCCCCCCACCCUGAAGGCUAUCGUGGGGGAGACGGUGACUUUGGCCUGCGAGCUCUCGCGCGGGAAUGUGCCGGUGCAGUGGGUUAAGGAUGGUACCAGGCUGGAAGCUGGCGGCAGCCUGAUCCUGGAGGAGGAGGGGGCCCAUCGGCGGCUGGUCAUCCCUGCAGCUGGAGUGGAGCAUUCUGGGAAGUAUGUCUGCGAUGUGACUGAUGACACCAGGACGUUUACUGUCCAAGUGUGUGACCCUCCUGUGACGAUCCUGGGGCGGAGUGAGCUGCAGACCCACCGCCGCUGCCUGGCCACAGAGGACCUGGUGCUGGAGGUGACGCUCUCUCAUGCGCACGGAGAGGUGAAGUGGUACAAGGAUGGUGAGAAGUUGCAGGACAUGGGGCGCGUGCGUCUGGAGGAAGACGGGGCGCGGCGCGCACUGGUCAUUCUGGGCAUGGAGAGCAAGGAUGCGGGGGAGUAUCUGUGUGACAACCAUGACGACAGCCUCAUCUUCUGUGUUGCUGUGGAAGAGCCCCCUGUGUGCAUUGUGAGGAGGAAGGGGGUCCGGGAGCAGCAGUGUCUGGUGGCUGGCGAUGACUUGGUGGUGGCCUGCGAGGUGUCUCAGCCCAGCGCUGCCAUCCGCUGGCUCAGGGAUGGCCAGGAGCUGGUGGCCAGCGAACGAGUCCGGAUUGAGGACCGGGGAGCUCUCAGGCAGCUGACCAUCCUCAGGGCCCGGCCCAGUGACUCUGGCUCCUAUGUUUGUGAUGCUGUUGGUGACCGAAUGGUGACAACCGUGGAGGUGGCAGCCCCCCCCGUUUGCAUUGUGAAUAAGGAGGAGGCCAAGAUGCCAGUGGAGGUCGUGGAAGGGGAGAGUGUCAUGUUGGUUGCCCGGCUCUCCCAGGAACAGGCUCCUGUCCAGUGGCUGAAGAACAAGCAGGUGCUGCGUUCCGGGGCGCGGCUCCUCCUGGGCACCCAGGGGCCCUUGCACAGCCUCACCAUCAAGCAGACGGAGCUGGGGGACAGCGGCACCUUCAGCUGUGACACUGGGGACGAUGAGGUGCACUUCACCCUGCGAGUGAGAGAGGCUCCAGUGGUGUUUGUGAACAAGCAGGAGAAGCCGGAGAAGGUGCUGGUGCUGGAAGGGGGCAGUGCCGUGCUCUCAGCCAUCGUCUCCAAGGAGCAGGCUGGAGUGAGCUGGAGGGGGCCCCAGCAGCCCCUGGCAGCAGGGCAGCGCUGCGAGCUGCGGCGAGAGGGCCGGGUGCACAGCCUGGUGCUGAGCAACGUGGGCAAGGACGACGCCGGCCUCUACACCUGCCUCUCCCGCCAUGACCAGAUGCAGUUUGAAGUGAGCGUGAAAGAGCUGCUGGUGAAAUUUGUGCGAGGCUUGUCGGACGUGCAGGCGCACAUGGGCGAGACGGUGCUGCUGUGGUGCGAGCUGUGCAAAGCCAAGGGGCAGGUGCUGUGGCUGAAGGAUGGGCAGGAGCUGGAGCCCAGUGGCAGGUGGGAGAUCAAGGCAGAGGGGCGGGAGCGGUCCCUGGCGCUGAGCAAUGUGGGGCCUGAGGAUGCCGGCGAGUACUCUUGUGAGUCCAAGGAUGACCGGACGCUGGCCACCGUGACUGUGCAGGGUGAGUCACGGGACCACGGGGCCCUGCUCCAGGGACUUGAUACCCCUGGGGCCCAGCCUUCAGCCCCGGGGCCCUGACUCCCCAGCCCAACUCUCAGCCCUGGGGCCCUGAUCGACUGCCCCUGGGGCCCGGCCCUCAGCUCCAGGGCCCUGACCCCCCCAGCCCAGCCCACCACCAGGGACCUGAUCCCCUGAGACCUGGACCAACCCCUAGAGCCCACCCCUCAGCCUCAGGGCCCUGACCUCCCCAACCCAACUCUCAGCUCUGGGCCCUGAUCGACUGCCCCUGGGGCCCGGCCCUCAGCUCCAGGGCCCUGACCCCCUAGCCCAGCCCAGCACCAGGGACCUGAUCCCCUGAGACCUGGCCCAGCCCCUAGAGCCCACCCCUCAGCCUUGGGGCCCUGACCUCCCCAACCCAGUUCUCAGCCCUGGGGCCCUGAUCAACUGCCCCUGGGGCCCAGCCCUCAGCCCCAGGGCCCUGACCACUCAGCCCAGCCCAGCUCCAGGGACCUGAUCC